AUGCUACGGAUUGUCUCCCGCUACCAUCACCAUAACUUCUCUCGCUCGUACUUCUCUGCAGGCCUCAACGUCCCCAUUCUCUCUGCUACCAGACGCUCCGUCCGCGUCCAACAGCUCCCAGAUGGAUACGACGUCAGCGAGGUCGUCGGCAUCCUCAGCGCCAGCCCCGUCGAGGCAAUAAUACCAUCCCAGGAUCAUAUCUCUCUCCGCUUUUUUGCCAGAACCCUGGCUAAGAUGUAUCGACAGAGGCAUUUUGCCCGGCUGUACCUGGAGAUUGAUGGGGCACUGACACCGCCGUUGUCUGCGUUUACGAUUGCGGCGCUCGGACGAUAUAGACUAUCGUUGAAUUUCGUUAUUGAUGGGCUUCCUGAGGAUAUGGGUGAGGAAGAAUUGAAGGAGCUGUUGUUCAAAGGCAAGAAGGUGGUUUCCUGGCGACUCGAGGGUACAAGCGCCAAUGUGCACCUGUUUUCUCUGCACCAAGUCAUGCGGGUUCGGCUUGUGCUGGAAGAUAACCUCCAAUUCAAGCAUUGCCGAAUGUCUUUCAUCGACGAGGAUGAUUAUUUGUAUCCCGAGUGGUACUCGCGGCCAGAAAAGAGUGACGCUGAUUCCAAGCGGUGUGUCAUCAUUGACAAUAUCCUUACACCGCAAACUUCAGUCGCCGUACGAGACUGGGUCAACUUUUACGAUAAACAAGGAACCGGCCUCGUAUACGGAGCUCUCCGACCUGAGCAAAAUAUGAUGAGACUGCGAUUCGCCUCACCGGGCCUCGCAGGCCAGUUCAUCGCCAAAUUCCAGGACCGGGCGGCGAGGUUGAAUGUCAGGCUUGCGUUGGUUGACCAUGCAGGCGACUCUUCCAUGGAAAACGGCGAGAUCCUCAAUUCGGAGGAGCACCGCACUUUGCUUACUGCGAUCAGCAUGGGCGCCUGUCGGACGUUACUCGUGCAGUUUGAUAAAUCUCAUCACGUCGAAAAGUCGGAGUAUCGAGCUUUCUUUGGGCAGUUUGGGAGCACGACGAUGAUGUCUGAGCAAAAAUGGCCAGAUGAGUUCCGGCUGUUGGUGCAGUAUGAAGACGUGCAUGAUGCUAUGCAGGCGAUCGUGUCUCUUUCUAUACCGGAUCAGGAGCAUAUGUAUGAGGGUGCUAGCGUCAACUUUUUGGGUGCUGAUCAUCUGCAGCCGGUGUUUAUAGUAAACUCGGCGAGUAAAAGUAUAUUAUACUCGGAGGAAUCUGAUUUGUGA